AUGGCCUUUUCAUAUAAAUUUGAAUUAUUGGACGUUAUUGAUUGCAAAGAUAAAAAGGUACGAAAGGUGCAAAAUGAAGACGAUGAUGAGGAAGAAGAUUCCGACAGUGAUUUCGAGGAUUUCGUUGAUGAGGAAGAAGACAACGACGAAGACAGCGACGAUUCUCCUGAAGAGGAUUACGAACUGUUUUGCCCUAGUGAUGUAAAGAUUUCACAUGCUUGCAAAUGCGUUCUUGUUUCCGACGAUAACAUUGGAAGAAUUUUAGUAUUGGAUUUACAAACGAAACGGUAUUUGGACACCAUUGAUUUACCUUAUAAGGUAGCCUUCAUGUUCGUCCAGGAAAAUUAUGAUGGAGACAAGAACGAUGCUCUUAUUUUGAGUGGCGGAGAUCAUUGUGUGUACAAGUAUGAUCUUAGAAAAUUGCUCCGCAAUCCGAAUUCUUGUGAAUAUAUUUGGCGUUCUGGCUUUCCCAACACGAAAGAUAUGUUCAAUUUACCGAGAGGAUUGGCCAUGUACAGCUAUCAUCUUCCAAUUGGCCAGAGCACUCCAUUAAGAAAGGAUCAGAUUUAUGUCUGUGAUUAUAGGCACAAUGAGGUGAAGAUUCUAUCUGCAAACAGUGGAGAUUUAGUAGAUUGCAUUUCUCUUUCGUUUUCUUAUCCCUAUGGAAUAGACAUUACAAGGGAUGGGCAUUUGGUUGUGUGUGAAACCGUUGGAGAAGUGAUUGAUAUUUUAGCUCAUGACGAGGAUCAAACAUGGAAAUUGGAGAAAGACAUUGGAGGAAGCGGUACAGAGGAGCUUCAAUUUAGAUUUCCAAGCAGUGUAAUAGUGGACAAGGAGAGUCAAAAUUUAAUUGUGUGUGAUACAAGAAACUGCAGGUUACAAGUCAUCUCACCAGAAGGCCAUUUCCUAAAGUCGAUUGGAGAUGAACAACAAUCAUCACAACAACAGUCCGAUUUUGGACGUCCAGUAGCUGUCUGCCUUAAUGAGAGAAACGGUGAAUUAUUGGUUUGCGACAUUGCUCAUUCAAAAAUACGAGUUUACCGAUAA